CAGAUUUUUACCUUGUCAGCUCGCGGAUUCGAUCUAGCAACCUUUCGGUUAUUAGUCCAACGCUCUAACCAGUAGAAUACCUGCCGCCCCAUUGCCGCAAUCAAGUGCUAGUCUAAACUAGGAAACUCGGAAAUGUUCGACUUGCUAACUGGUUGUAGUUAUUCACGUUCCGCGUUCAACAAAUUAGCUAAUCGAAAUUUCCGAGUUCCCCAGUUCCGACUAGCACGUGAACAUAGCCCCUCUGCUCUUUCUCGCUCCACUCUCCCACCCCAUGCUUGUGCUCCAGCUGCUAGCGCCGCUGCCUGCUGGUGUCUGUAGCUGACUCCCCUCACUGGCCCACAUAUUCAAUGUACAGGUAGCUUAGACCAUGACAGGCAUCGCCGCUGCCUCCUUCUUCUCUAACAUUUGUAGGUUCGGUGGUUGCGGACUCCACUUCGAUUCGUUGGCCGAACUCAUCGUGCACAUUGAGGAUAACCACAUCGACACAGAUCCUCGUCAGUUGGAGAAGCAGGAGCAGCAGCAGCCCACAUAUGUUGCCCUCAGCUACAUCAACAGGUUUAUGACAGAGGCAGCGCGUCGGGAGCAGCCUGAGAGGCUGAAGAGGAAGGUGCACCCCAAGCUGUCUCAGUCUCUGACGGGCAGUCUGCCUCGUAGCAGUAACGUCUCCACUCCUCCCAGACGCGGCAGUGGGAACCUCACCCCGCCUGUCACUCCUCCCAUCACACCCUCCUCCUCCUUCCGUAGCAGCACUCCUACAGGCAGUGAGUAUGAUGAAGAGGAGGUGGACUAUGAGGAGUCAGACAGUGGUGAGUCCUGGACCACAGAGAGUGCCAUCAGCUCAGAGUCUAUCCUCAGCUCCAUGUGUAUGAAUGGAGGAGAGGAGAAACCCUUCGCCUGCCCUGUGCCUGGCUGCAAGAAGAGAUACAAGAAUGUGAACGGGAUCAAGUACCACGCCAAGAACGGCCACCGGACACAGAUCCGCGUCCGCAAGCCUUUCAAGUGCCGCUGUGGGAAGAGCUACAAGACGUCCCAGGGCCUGAGGCACCACACCAUCAACUUCCACCCGCCCGUCUCCACCCACAUCCACAAGAUGCAGCAGUAGCACUGUCCCCACAGAAAUAGAAUCCCUUGAACAUCAUCCUGUUCUAGUGAUUCUGUUUCUAUGGACCCACCAUCACCAGAAAUGGCUGUGUCCCAUUCCACACACACACUUUCCUUCUUCUUUCAGUACACUACUCUUUUAUUGCAUGCUUUAAAAUUACCUUAUUUGUAUUUUAUUUUUUUUAACAUUUUUUGGAAUGUAUUUUCUUGACAGCUGUGUACUUUUUCACAUUUUGAGCGAUCAUGUGUCUUUUUGAUAACGUUUUUGGCACAGGACUUGCUGUUAAGAUGAUGAUGCAUUUGAAAGCGAGCGUAUUGCCACGUUCAAAACACCUCGGAACUCUCCGACUUCAGUGCAGGGAUCUUUUUUCAUUUUUUUGUGACUGGGAAUUCCGAACGGUCAUCCAACUCGGAAUUCCAAGUCGGAAACUCUGGCAUCUUUCUAGAGCUCUGACUUUCCGACCUGAAAAUCACUGACGACCUGUUUUUUUCCCCCCGCGAGUUCCCAAUUGUCUUGAAAGCACCAUGAGUCAAGGUUCACAGCCAUGCUUCUGGGCUGUGUUCGGCAGAGCAAAACCCGGUGGAACAUUUACAUACAGAUAUGUUGUGUACAUUGCAACCUAAUGAAUUUGACUCGAGUGUUCAGGUAAUGCUGUGUUUGAAAAGGGGCAUGGGAGUGGUGAGGCCAGGGGAGAAAGCAAGCAUCACCACCACACCAUCACAAAACGGAGGCAAGAAAAUCUGAAUGUUUGUAAAAGAUGACGAUAUAUUCCUGAAGGAUGUAUAAACUUUCAUAAUCAGGUGUAAAAUAGUAUUCCCUUUAUAUUGUUUUUGCCAUGUUCUGAAAGUGUAGUUUUAUGAUUCACUUUGCUAGGAUUUCCACUCAACUUGUUUUGUGUUUUAGAACUAAAAGACUCUCAGGUGACAAUUCGCCACAGGCAUUUCAGCACCACAAUCCUGCCCAUGUGUUCUGAUAGGUUGCGUCCCAAACGGCACCCUGGUCAAACAAAAGUAGUGCACUAUAUAGGGAGCCAUUUGGGAAACACACAGUAUUUUAGAAUCAGCUUUAAUGCUGUUCACUGGAAUCUUGGGAGUCACAGGAGUCACAGUUAUCCAGAGCCCUUCAAUUCUAGGGUGCUGAUCAGUUAUCUUCUUUGCCAAAGCCGUUUGAAGCAUUUAAGCACUUUGUAGUAACCAGUUGCCAACAGAAUUAGGAUGGUUUUCGUUGCCAAUAACUCUCUGCUGCUGCACACACCAACCUGACAUGUAGCAGUCACAGGAACUAGAGAGAGCCAGACCGGAAGUACUCGACUUUUCCAAGGAGUUUUACAUUUGUUCAGAUCUCCAGUGUUUCCUGUGGUGAGAUUAUGUAUCUGGUUGCCUUGAAUUGUAGACCACAAGAUUGAGUUCCAAUGCAGUAAGUAUCUGUGUAUAGCUUCAUAGUGACUCUUCAGGAAUGGCUAACUUGAACUAGAGUAGACAUUCUUGUCGAAAUAAAAGAUGGCCAGAUCUCAGUUCUGGUCUAUUUCUCCUCUUUUGUCCCUCUAGCCUCUUAAUGUAGUCUUAUAAAAGGUACUGUGUCAUACUGGUGAUCAGAGAGAGCAAGGGGCUUAUUAACAACCCAUCAAAACAUCACUGCAUGGAAAUCAAUGUCCUUAUGGAACUACACGUUAAGGGUGCGUUCCAAAUGGUAGCCUAUUCACUCUAGUCCAUAGGGCUCUGGUCAAAAGUAGUGCAUUAAAUGGGGAAUAGGGUGCCAUUUGGAAUGCAGAUGGUCAUUGACAGUAUUAUACUGCCAGUACAUAUGGAGGGAAGUAUUUGAUAUGUGUAUAGUAAAUGUAUUGUCUCAAGUGCAUUAAAUUAUAUUUUCAUAUGUUUCUGGAGAAUGGUGACCCUUACUGUGUGUGUGUAUUUAUAUUUAUUUUACCCGUAUUUAACUAGGCAAGUCCGUUAAGAACAAAUAAUUUACAAUGAUGGCCUACCGGGAACAGUGGAUUAACUGCCUUGUUCAGAGGCAGAACGACAGAUUUUUACCUUGUCAGCUCAGGGAUUCCAUCUAGCAACCUUUUGGUUACUGGCCCAAAGCUCUAACCACUGGGCUACCUGCCAGCCCUACACUCUAACCACUAGGCUACCUGCCACCCCUACACUCUAACCACUAGACUACCUGCCACCCCUACACUAACCACUAGGCUACCUGCCACCCCUACACUCUAACCACUAGGCUACCUGCCACCCCUAUAAACUAAGGCAACAGCAGAGGUUGUUUUGUAGCUGACGGUGAUGUACAAAACUAGCUGCUAUUACAUUACAACUGCCUCUGUGUGCCUGGACAUUUCUGCACCAUUACAGAUGUUUUCCAUUUAAAACAUUGAGACGCAGGUCUGCUUUACAAAGUAGCCCUGACUGAGUAUGUACAUGUAGCCCUGACUGAGUAUGUACAUGUAGCCCAGACUGAGUAUGUACAUGUAGCCCUGACUGAGUAUGUACAUGUAGAAGUGGCUAUAUUAUAGUCAGAUACUCUAUAUUGUUCCAAACAGACUUUAUUAGUUCAGAUUUCAUUACAUGGGACUCAAAGAAAUCAAAGGUUUUCUAUAAUCGUGAAAUAACAAAGAAUAGUUUCUGAUCUAACAGAAUCCUGGCAUGUUAAUCAGUAGCGAUAGGUGAAACAUGACUUCUUUAUUCAGACAACCAAACCAGUGGAGAACUAAAUCAU